GAGGCCCGCCCGCUGCCGCCCCAGUAUGGAGGAGGUGAUGGCGGGAGACGCUCCUCUCGGUAGCCCCAGCGGCAGCUGCAGCUCCUCCUCCUCCUCGCAGCAUCACCACCCGCGGCCCUUCCUCAUCGGCGUGAGCGGCGGCACGGCCAGCGGCAAAUCGACCGUGUGCGCCAAGAUCAUGGAGUUGCUGGGACAGCAUGAGGUGGACCAGAGACAGAGGCAGGUGGUGAUCCUCAGCCAAGACAGCUUCUACCGCGAGCUCUCCCCUGAGCAGAGCGCCCGCGCUGCCAAAGGGCAGUUCAACUUCGACCAUCCUGAGGCCUUCGACAAUGAGCUCAUCAUGAGGACGCUGCAGGACCUGGUGGCUGGGCGUGCGGCCCAAGUGCCCGUCUACGACUUCGUCACCAGCUCCAGCUCUGGCUCGUCUAGGAGAGUCCGGACGGCCGAGUUGAUGGUGUACCCGGCCGACGUGGUGCUCUUUGAGGGCAUCCUCGUCUUCUACCUACAAGAGAUCCGGGACAUGUUCCACAUGAAGCUCUUUGUGGACAUGGAUGCCGACACGAGGCUCUCCCGGAGAGUGCUGCGCGACAUUUCUGAGCGAGGCAGAGAUCUGGAGCAAGUGCUGUCUCAGUACACCAAGUUCGUCAAGCCGGCCUUCGAGGAGUUCUGCCUGCCGACAAAGAAGUACGCAGAUGUCAUCAUUCCUAGAGGAGCCGAGAACAUGGUGGCCAUCAACCUCAUCGUGCAGCACAUCCAGGACAUCCUCAUGGGAGGGCUGAUGAAGCGUCUCAACGGCCACUCCAAUGGCUACAGCUCCCCCGUGGCGCGCAUCGCUGCCGAGCCCAGCAGCCGACCCCACUGACCUGGCCGCCAUUGCCCCCCCCACCCACCCAACCUCCCUCCCUCCCUCAUCAUAUGCCCCCCCCCCCCCCUUCGGCCGCGACCCCAAAGACCCUGGCUGGCCCAAUUGGCCCGGCGAUUUUACCGGGCCUUGUUGCCGGAUGCAAGAGUUCAAUGUGCUGCAGGGGGGUGGGGUCAUAGGGGAAGGUUUUGGCCGCACGUGAAACGACGCGGCCAGUCCCGUAGCCCCCCCCCCCCUCACACCCCCCACCCCCCCCCUCACACCCCCCACCCCUCCCCCCGGCAAGUCCUAGGGAUUUUACAAGAGUUGUCAGGGUAGCGUUUGUGUUGGUUUUUUUUUUUGCUGUGUGUAUAUACACGCACGUGUAUGUAUAUAUGCUGCGUAUACACAAAUUGGAUGCAGUACCAUACAUGUACAUACACGCACAUGGCUACGUUUUACUGCGUGCGAAUAGCGUAAAAUGUAACCACGUGUGGACGUGUAUAUACACACGGUGUAAUAUAGUGUUGUUCAUAAUGCCGUCCUCCCCGAGUACUCUCUCUCUCUCUUACCGUGUUCAAUGUGCUUUAACUUUGCCAAUUUCACAUUUUGCCAAGCAGUUAACGAAUUGAUGUACAUAGAGGCUGGCCGGACGUGAGCCCGGGGUCGAAUGGGUUCGGGUGGAGAGCGCCGGAUGUCGGGCGUGCUCCGAUGCGUGCGACGCUGGUGGAGCGUGCCGUUUGUGAGAAGGCCGCUAAAAUUCAACACUACGACGGCUCCCAAAGAUUGACGUUUUCGAUCACGGCCGAGGUAACGAAGCUUCGGGGGUUGCUCGCACCCUUCCAGACCUGUGCACGUCCUCGCCUCACUCGAACUGCCAAAAAUGCGUUUUGAAAAUUGCUUUUAGCCGCUCCUGGUUUCUAGACUGUUUGGGUGUUCCCCUUAGCAAUGCGUGACCGGCGCUUGCUGUCCGAUUUUCUAUUAAACCCUUUUUUUUUUAAAACUGGAGGUUUAGAAAAAAACACAAAUCAGUAUUAGGUCGCAUCAAUUGGCACGGAGAAAAUGAAAUUUUCUUGAGUCGAUGAACGCACGCGAAUUUGAUUUUGCCGGUGCAGGGAGGGGGGGGGGGGUGGAGAUGGGGUGGAGGGGGGCGGGGGAGUGUUUGGAAUUGCAGAUGCUCGCACGCGGCAAACGGAACCCGAGUCCCGCAGCGAAUACGUGCGGUGUCCACCCGUCGCGCCCAUCUGCUGUGGAGUGUGGCUGUCGCUCGCGGGCGCUGUACGAGCAGGCCCAACGUGGAGGGGAUGGGAGGGGGUCGUCUGUGCACGUCGAGACCGCGCGAGGAUACAAAGCAGCGCACCGACUCGGCAGUUAGUGGGCAAGUCCAUCCACAUCCCUCUACACGUGCUCGCCCACGAUCUGAAAUUCAUUUUUUAAAUCGCAUUUUGCGUUCGAGGAUUAUUGCCGUGUGCCGCAUUUCGCUCGGCGCGCACGCACGCCCCCGCGACUGCCUGUGCGCGCCGAGUGGCAUGAUGCACUGGGGGGGGGGGGUGGUGGGUGGGACGGUUUUCAUAUCGCGCGUCCUUUAAAAUGCCCGCGGCAGUAUUUGUCCAUACCUUGUGGCUCGGGUGCUGUUCGCGCAGCUCCGUGAACGAGAGCUCUCUUCGCGGCCCCAUUGCAAGAACGGCGCCCGCAAAUUUCCUGUACGCUUAACGCAAAGAGUGCACGGCCCGCGGUCCAGUUCGCGUAUCAUCGUCGUAAUAAAUUAGCUUGUUUACCAUUGCCAAAUCUGCAACAUCUCGGUUUAGGACCGGAGGAUUAUCGUUUUGUUUCGGGUUUUCUUACUGCGAGAUGUACUUUUUCCUUCCAAUGAAUGUCGGUGCUCGCGUUGAAGGAAGAAAUCUUCGUAGAUUUAAGUGGUCGUCGGGGAGGUUCCUUUACGCAUGUCAACCCUUAACCACCGGCUAUCGUUUUAACUCGUCGAAAGUGCGUCCACUGUUGCUGAGGACGACGGAGUAAGGGAGUUUAUUUAGAUCUUGACUUAAAGCUUUCGUGACCAUAGGAAUUCAUAUUCUUUGGGAAAGCCCCAAAGAAUAUAGUUUAUUUAGAGUUAAUAUGCAAAGGGUCAACAAGUAAAAAAAUAUACCACAUUCGACAUUUCUGACGACUUGGGACAAAAUCUGCAUACAAACCCUCGUGUUUGAACUCCCCUUUAAAGCCAGGGAAAUUGAAUCUUUCUACUUGAAUUUUUCGCAUUGCCUGUCCUGUCUGACAGUCUAUAGCACGGGACACACGUAAUUCCAAAAAUGCAUUUUUGCUAAACAGACUGACUACUACCUGUUUGGGAAUGGCUUUGUGGACCUUGCUUAGACGAGCCCUGUUGAAACACUUUUUAUUUUUCAUGAACACAUUUGACUGUGCUCACCAUCAAGAUGCACACGCCUGUUUAUUACAAAGAGGGCGCUCUGCAGAGACUUGAAAUGGGGGACCCCCUUAGGUCUUUUCUCACGGUGCAUUUCCAAUAUUUGUUUUCUAGCGCACUUAAAAAGAAAAGAAAAACAAUACAUGGUAGCCUCAAGUGUCGAUUUCUUUUAAUGGCUUCCGAAGGGUAGUUGGUAUACAAAAACGUAGGUAAUGCCAUACGAGACCGGAAUGUGAUGCAGGGGAAUAUUGAUUUUGUUUUCCAGUUUUAAAUUAUUUAUUUUUGACAACAAACACAUUGCCUUCUGCUGGGAUGGGUUGCCUUGACGGUGAAGUUUUGCAGGUCGGUAUUCCAGAACUGAAGUCUAAUUGGUAACGCGGCUUUGUGUAAAGGGCAUGCCUCGUUUCACAUUAAACCUUGUUACGGGA